AUGUCGCUCGCCCGCUUCCUCGCCCACAACCGCGCGACCUUCCGCCGCCAGCCCUGGGCCGAGAUCUCCGGCGCCCUCGGCGACCUGGGCACCUUCCUGCCCAUCCUCGUGGCCCUGGCCGCCGCCCACGCCGUCUCGCUGCCCGCCACCCUCGUCUUCUCCGGCCUGUUCAACAUCCUCACCGGCUGCGUCUUCGGCCUCCCGCUGCCCGUCCAGCCCAUGAAGGCCAUCGCCGCCGUCGCCAUUGCCCGCAACUUCGCCCCCGGCGAGAUCGCCGCCGCCGGCCUGUUCGUCGCCGCCGUCAUACUCGUCCUGAGUAUCACCGGCGCCCUGCGCUGCUUCGCCGCCGUCGUGCCCAUCCCCGUCGUCAAGGGCAUCCAGGUCGGCGCCGGCUUGUCCCUGCUGCUCUCUGCCGGCGCGAAGCUGCACGCCGACCUGGGCUGGCUGCGCCCGGGCUGGGCCGAUAACUACCUGUGGGCCGUCGCCGCCUUCCUCGGCCUGCUCGUCUCCAAUGUCUACCGCCGCGUGCCGUACGGCCUGAUGAUGUUCGUGCUGGGACUGGCCUUCGCCUUCAUUGUGCUGGCGUUGUCGCCGCAUGCACGCCUUCCCCGGCCCCACAUCUGGGUGCCUGGCAUUGUGCUUCCCCAUUCUCACGAUUGGGGAAAGGGAAUCGUCCAGGCCGGUGUUGGUCAAAUCCCCCUCACCACUCUGAACUCCGUCGUGGCUGUCGUGCAUCUGGCUGGCGAUUUACUGCCUGACAUCGACACCCCCUCCAUCACAUCGAUUGGCCUCAGCGUCGCCGGCAUGAAUCUGCUGAGCAUAUGGUUUGGCUCCAUGCCUGUAUGCCAUGGCUCUGGUGGUUUGGCGGCUCAAUACCGCUUUGGCGCGCGAUCCGGAGCAAGCGUCAUCUUUCUAGGCGUUGUCAAGUUGGUGGUUGGUAUUUUCUUCGGCAACACCCUGCUGGAUCUAUUAAAGGCCUUCCCGACUGCAUUCCUCGGAGUUAUGGUCAUUGCUGCUGGACUGGAGCUUGCCAGUGUUGGAGAGAGCCUGAAUACUGCUGGUGCUUGGGAUCUGGGAUCGCACGACCGCCACAAUAUUCUCCCAAGAACGAGACUUACUGAAGUCACUCUCAGCGAUGCAGAGAAGAAGAAGAGGUGGACUGUCAUGAUGGUCACGGUAGGCUUACUCGUUGCUUUCAAGAAUGACGGCAUUGGCUUUGUGGCUGGCAUGUUGUGCCACUGGAGUUUCUCCCUGCCGUCCAUCAUUGACAAAAUUAGAAAUCGUUUCACUCGUGGAAGAAUUAGAUUACAUGGCGAGGGUGACUCUACAUAA